GUUUGCUGAACUAGAUUGAUUUAUUUUUAACUUUACCGAUAGCAACUAAUGAACCAUUGAGCACAAUGCAGGCUAAUACCGUAGAUACUGUGUGUCAACCUAUUUACCAAGGCAAUUCACAAUUGGGAUUACAUAGCUCUUACAUGAUAUCUCCAGACAGCUCCAACACAACAUUUCUUGAAUUGUUAUUGCAGCAUUAUGAGGUUGAUUAUGGCUAUAAGAAACCAGGUGGUUAUCGCUGCAAUCACUGUCCAAAUCCUCACACAUUUUCAUCCUUGUUUCAUAUUAUAAAGCAUUUUGAUCUUAUCAAUGCUAAAAGACCCUUUAAAUGUAAGGUUCAAACGUGCUAUGCUUCAGUACUAGGUUUUACAACAAAUAAGAGUUGCGCGAAACAUUAUAAAAACAAGCAUAUUGGAUUAAUUAAAAAAAUCGGCUCCACACCAACUGCAAUCAACGACAGUCAUUAUAAUUACCACUUGUUUGAUGAAAAUAUCGAUUUUGUUCAUCGUUUUAAUAACAAUUUUUCGUAUAUUGAUUUUUAUCGAAAACAAGAUGGAUUUAAUUAUGUCGAUUAUGAUAAAUAUUCCGUUUCGCAUGCGAAUGCUAGUAUCACACCUCCUGUCAAUGAAAUCCAGCAAUUGCCACGUAUAGUUGAAUCAUCAAGAAGUGUUUCUGUUCAACCUCAAGUCUUUUCACAAAACCAACGUGCAGCAGAAACCGGCCAGGCAAGUCAUUCUCAGCUCCAAAACUAUUCCCAACAACAAUUACCAUUAUCAAUGCCAUCCUCGACUUCUUUAGCUCAGUACCCACAACCUUUACAAUCCAAUGCAUCACAGCAAUUCUAUCCACGUCGAUUAUCUACUUCUAAUUUGUUGAUCCCAGUUUUACCAAAUAACCAAAGCAAUUCAAAUUUGGCCCAAUUAAACUCCAACAUUAAUCACCCCUCGAAUCACAACCAAUUGUAUACACAUUCAAAUCAAACUAGUGGUUUGACUGCUUCUUCUCAUAACAAUCAACCAUUUAUAUUACAAUCAUCAAACAAUAGCAUUGCUAACAUUAACAAUAUUGGCAAUAUUAAUAUGAGUUCGAAUAAUCUACUUCAAUCCAAUCUUCCAAAUCGUUCUAAUUCUGGUUAUGUCAAUUAUACAAACUAUUCCAAUUAUUCCAAUCAUUCCAAUCGUGUAAAUAGAUCUGCUCAUAUGCAAAAUUCAAAUGUUACGAAUAACUAUUCCGGCCCUACUUUGCCAGGUUUUCAUGAGCUUUGCAGAAAUAUUAAUUUUAAUCCCAAUUCCAAUUCUAAUCCUAUUGGAUGAUAAAGCAAAAAAUGAAAAUAAAAAAAACAAAAAAAAGUCAGGUGUUAUUUUUUUCUAUAUUAUAUUUGAAUCAAAAAAAA